GGCGGGCGCGCCGCUGUGUCGUCACCCGCGCGCGCCGUCGCCUUAGCGUUCCUCCCGCAGGGAACUGCGAGGGCAGCGGCGUCAUGGCGAGCUCGGCCGCGUCCUCGGUGCGCCCGCCGAGGCCCAAGAAAGAGCCCCAGACCCUGGUCAUCCCUAAGAACGCGGCGGAGGAGCAGAAGCUCAAGCUGGAGCGACUUAUGAAGAACCCGGACAAAGCUGUGCCGAUUCCGGAGAAGAUGAGCGAGUGGGCGCCGCGGCCUCCCCCAGAGUUUGUCCGAGACGUGAUGGGUUCCAGCGCCGGAGCCGGCAGCGGAGAGUUCCACGUGUACAGGCACCUGCGCCGCAGAGAGUACCAGCGGCAGGACUACAUGGAUGCCAUGGCUGAGAAGCAAAGGUUGGAUGCAGAAUUUCAGAAAAGGCUGGAAAAGAAUAAGAUCGCUGCCGAGGAGCAGACGGCAAAGCGGCGGAAAAAGCGCCAGAAGCUGAAGGAGAAGAAAUUAUUGGCGAAGAAGAUGAAACUUGAACAGAAGAAGCAGAAAGAAGGAGCCGGUCAGGCCCCGGAGCCGCAGUCCGGUAGCUCUGAGGAGGCGUCUGGAACAGAGGAGGAUGAAGAGGAAGAGCAGCCCAGCUUCAUCAUGGGGCGGUGAUGACACAGCUUUCUGGAGCACGGCUCAUGCGUGACCAGGGCGCAGAGCAUGCUGGUGUGCCCAGCAGGGAGAGGAGGCCUUCCUCCAGCCCUCCUCCUAAGGACUCCCUGAGAAGGGAGCCCUGUCGCCUCCUGGGCGGGGCUCAGCCGUGUUCUUGUGGAAAGGAGAGAGGCUUUACGGGCUGUUGGUACAGUUCUCCCAGUGAACCACCAUGACCCUGGGGUGGCACCCGCACAUGGAGUGCUUACAUAGUAAAGAACAGAAAACUGCUGGGUUUCGUUGA